AUGCGAAAGAUAUUAAUCUCUCAAUUUAAUAACGAACAAGUGCCAAUGCUAUCAUCUCAUAUUUCCAAUAUACGCCGUAUCAACAGUGAUCCAGCAGAAACACAAUCAAGAAGUGCAACCGAUAACCGAAUUAGUUUUACGUCUGAAAAUACCGAAACGGGACAGAUUACAAGUUUUUUUGCUGUUCGCAAGCGUCGAACUAGCGAAGAAAGUAUUUCUUUGCUAAACGGAAAGAAAACGAAAGCAUAUGGAGCAUUGGAUCCCACUAGUAUUUCUUCCAGUCGAUUGGUUCCGUGUUGCAAUUUCUUCGACGAUAAAGAAAACGCAUUGGAGAAUGUCGUACAAGUGGUACCGGAUGCUGUUUCGAAUACAUCUCUCGGAUUUUUUGAAAUGCUUCCACCUGAGUUACUAUAUGUAAUGUUUGACAACAUUCCAGUGCUACAGUUAAAACAACUAUGUCUUUCGUCCAGUACACUAAAUGCUAAAGUCUGUGAAUACAUCUCAAUGGCUAGUACACGUAGGCGGUUUUUCACAGAAACAGGGGCAGCAUACUACGGUGAUUUUGAGAGCGCAAAAGAUCCAUUUUAUGCUUGGGGUAUGCUUCUAAAAGCUUGCUCAAUUGUAAUGAGUUUUCAUAGCAGCCAUGUUUUCUUGGCAAAAUUCUUCAUCAAGAACAAAAAGAUUGAUAAUUGGUGCGGUUGGGGUCGAUGUUUUAUGGCGUUUUGCAAAGGAUGGACGCACAAUGAAUGUGAGAUGCUAUUCCGGGCGGUGAUGAGAUUUACUGGCUUAAAUGGCAUUCUCAACCGUACUAUGUCAAGAAAAGUCAAAAGCUAUUCUCACUUAGAAAUAGAGAUACGAGCCCGUCUCCGAGGUUUUUUCCUGAGCUGCUGGGAAAAGAAUGAUGAAUCUUAUGGAUUCUGGAUUUCACUUAUUUUGCGCACUCAAAAGACUAUCUCUCAACAGGGACAAUUAUUUAUGAUCAUAUUUGGACCUUUGAAGCUGGAUGAUGAUAACUGCGAGGUCAUUGACUGGGAUCUGUUAAGUAAUACAUCGAUUGAAGAUCGUCGUCUAUGUGAGGAAAUAAUUGGUCCUAUGUCCUUCAGUAUCCACUGUAUGGUCAGUAAUGAAAAUUUAAUGGGAUAUGCAUGGAGUGAUUAUCAUAUCUUCAAUUUGAUCGAGGAAAUUACAACAGCUCCACAUUCCUGGACUCUUGACAACUUUGCUGCACUUUUGGCUCUUCGACCAAAACUUAUCCAUAUUGCACUGCAUGCUCGGAUAAUACAUGGUCAUCAAGAAGAAGCGGCUCAUCUCUUUCACGCAAUAAAUUCGGUUUUGCAUCAAUGGGGUAUUUUCUCAAGCACAGCUGUGACCGGUGUGCUACUAAAAACAUUUCGAGCCUUAUCUGAUAUUCGCCGUCGCCUUUUUUUGUCUUCUUUUUUGAGAACCGAAUCAGAGCUAUUGAGCGAUGCUCUAAUGAACGAACCUUUCGAUCGCGAUUAUUUUUAUAUGGAAUUAGCUGUUGGACGCGCUGUAUCGCCGCUAGUAACACUGAUGGCGUCAAAUGUCUGA